AUGAAGACGACGACAGAAAAGACGCGCGCGGCGCGACUCGGCGUCCCCGCGCAGCGCUCGCAGGGUAGCCGCAAGGGCAAGCGUGCAUGGCGCAAGCACAUCGACAUCGACGACGUCGAGGAGCGUCUCGAGGAGCGCCGUGAGGAAGAGCGCGUGCUGGGUACCGCGGUGCACGAGCAACCAGAUGCGGGCCUGUUCACCAUCGAUACGACGGGGGACGAGAAUGUGCGGCGGGCCAUUCCAAAGGCGAAGCGCCAGCUGACGAGCUUGGCGAUCUUGAACGAGCGCUCGGCGGUGCCCGCUGUGGUGGGCAUGAAGCGCAAACCAGCAUCGGUCUCGAAGGCGGAGAAGGAGCGGUUACUACGCACGGCGGGACGGACGAAGCGUGGGCCGCUGGGCUCGCACGUUGAUGGGUCCGAGAUGGGAAAGGGAAGCGCGCUGAUGGAGCUCAGCGAGGCGGUGAAGGAGAGCGGGAAGUACGACGUGUGGGGGAACAGCUUGGUGGAUGCAGACAUGACGGAGGAGGAGGAGCUGCCCGAGACCAUCAAGCCGAAGCCGGUGAAGGCCCCCAAGCUCUCUACCCCUCGAGAGAUCAUUAAUGUCCCCGCCGUUGAAGCCCCCCACGCCGGCGCAUCUUACAAUCCCCCAUUAGAAGCCCAUCAAGACCUCCUGCUCGAAGCUUACAAGGUUGAACAGCAGCGGAUUGCAGAGGAAGAGAAAUUCACCGACAUCAAAGCCCGCCUGCAAGCCGCGCGCGAAAACGCGCCUGCAUAUGAUCCCACUGGCCGCCCCGGCAUGCUCGUCCCGCCCAUCGUCGACGACGAGGAAGAGGAGGCCGAGAACCAGGACAGCAUCCCUCGCCCUGCCCCGUCUAGGAAAACGAAGCAGCAGCGUGCAAGACAGGCGAAGGCGAAGGCAGAGGCGCAAGCCCUCGCAGAACGCGCACAUAGAAAACGGCUGCUGGCUUCAGUGACUGGUGCUCGUGCCCUCCGCCGAAGACAAGCAUGGGAGGCACGCCAGCGGAAGGAGAAGAUAGAGGAGCGCCGUCGUGCCCUCGCCGCCCGCCUUCGCCUACAAGGUCUGCGCGGCCAGAAGCUCGGAAAGCACAAGGUGCCGGUACCUGUACCCGAUGUGCAGCUGGGUGAGGACCUGAGUGGUAGUCUUCGGGCGAUGAAGGUGAGGUUUGGUCUGCCAUGCGACUUGUUCGAACUCGUUGGGCGUCAUGUCCUUGCGUUGGAGCGUUGA